AUGGAGAGAAGAUGGAAAAUGGAUCAUAACCAAAUGGAACUUGAAUGUUUUACAUUCUCCACUCUAGAUACAAGGUUUCUCAUGGAUUUAUUGAAGGUAAUGUAUUGAUUUAAAGUUUUAUUUUUCAAUGUUUAGGGUCUCUACAACAUGAUGGUGAAUAUCGGGCUGAAUAAAUUGAGAAAUUGCUCGUUCUUAGCCAAUUCUUGAUCAAAUCCGCUACUUCUUUUUGCUACAGAUGUAACAUGGCUUUGGGAAAAAUGUGCAUUUGCUCCUUUUUUUAUUUCUUGGUAUUUAAAAUUAGUUAUGAUAUAUUGAAUAGCUACUUGCACUGUGCAGACUGUUUUUGGCUGUAACUUUUUUAUUUUUAAUUUUCGGCAAGUCAGGUUUUAAAAUUUAGGUUUGUCAUUAAAUUUUGAUUUAGAAUCUUAAUUUUUAGGUAAUAUUUUUAAUUUUCCAAUGUUUUUUCAUCACUUUUUUCUUCACCAUGGUAUAUAUUGGCCCCUAAAGCCUACUUUUCCACUUUACGCUUUUGUUUUUUCUUAUCAUUCGUAAUAAUUGUAAUGAUAAAAACUUGAAAUCGCUUUCUAAAAUUUUUUUGAUUAAGUUGGCUUAUGGCAAACAAAGGAAUAUAGUAUAACAUUCGAAUAAAAAACGGCUGGCUCUUAAACAUGAUGUAAGAUAAGAUAUAUAAGUCAUAUAAAAGAAGGGAAAUUUCCGAACGUUUGAUAAGUAAGCGGUGUGGCGUGGAUUUGCGAAGAAGAAGAUUGGGUGAUAGGUUAAGGUAGGUUUUAAUUGGUUUUUUGAGGGUUUUGAAGGCUAAUAUUGUUGUAGGGUCAAGUUAUUGGCCCAAAAUCCAAAAAUUUUUUUAAUUUAUGAAAUGUUUAGUCAAAAAUGGCACUAAGACUGUUUUUUACAUUUUCUCAAAACUUUAUUCAAGGGGCUAAAAAAGUCUUGUCGUCAAUUUUCACUAAUUUUCAUAGUAAAAAAUGACAAAACUUUUUUCAACUAUUUAUUUUUAAACUUUUGAAAAUAAAUUUAAAACUACAGUAAGUUUAGCCAUUUUUUAUCGUAAGUUCUUUCAUUUUUCAAUUUUCAGAUGAAAGCUCUAAUCCUCUUCCUAGCCUUCAUAUCAACCAAAGCUCUACCAACCCUAGAGAAUCGUGCUCAGCAUCGUACUUUAGCUACAAAAUUGUCUUCACAAUCCGUCGUAGAAUCGGUAAAUUUAGAUGCUACAUCAACAUUCAAGACCUUUUUAUAUCCUCAAUUCGCUGAUGCUUCUUUGACCGACAUCAAGGGGUUGAUGGGUGUUAAAGAAGAUCAUGAUGUUGUCGUAGCCAAAGAGUUGGGAAGAUCGAUCAAACUUGGCCCGAAAUAUGAUGACGAAAGCUUUAAGAACCCUAUUACAUUGCCAACUGAAUUCGACAGUGCUACCCAAUGGCCGCAAUGUCAAGAUCUGAUCAACGAAAUCCGAGAUCAAUCAUGGUGUGGCAGUUGUUGGGCCGUCUCUUCGUCAAGUGUACUAACCGACCGACUUUGUAUCGCUUCAAAUGGUACUAUUAAGACUGAAAUCUCGGCCGCCGAUCUUUUGGAAUGUUGUGAUUACUGUGGUAGUGGAUGUGUUGGUGGUUACCCAUAUAGAGCCUUCCAUUAUGUUGAACAACUUGGUGUUGUGUCUGGUGGUAACUACACUUCACAUCAAGGUUGCAAUCCAUACCCAUUCCCACCGUGUCAUGCUCCGGAUAGUAAGAACUACCCAGAAUGUAAGAAGAGGAACUUCCCUACUCCGAAGUGUCAGCAAAAGUGUCAGAACGGUUAUAGUGAACAUGAUUACAAGCAUGAUAAGUACUACGGUAAGAUGUUUUGUGGGACAGGGAAGGUAUUGUUGGGAAGGGUAGGGUAGAGUAGGGUUGAGUAGGGUAUGGUAUGGUAAGCUAGAGUAAAGUCAGGUACGGGGCAUGGUAGGGCGGAUAAGGUAGGGUAGUGUAAGGUAGGUUAGAGUAAAGUGGGGGUAUUGAUGAUAAUAUUGUUCUUUUAGCCUCCUUGUCCUACAGUUAUGUGAGAGACAGCUUCGGAGUAAUGAAAGAGAUUGUCCAACGCGGCCCGAUCGUCUUCGCUGCUUUGGAAGUGUACGAAGACUUCUUGUACUAUAAAUCUGGAGUUUAUCAGGUAAGCCUAGUCUUAUAUUGAACCAUUUCAAUUUUUUUUAAAUUGUGGAAUUUCAAAAAAUUUCAAAAAAAUUUUAAAAAAUGGAAAAACACCAUUCCAGCACAAAACCGGAGGCUAUCUCGGGCUGCACGCGGUAAAAGUAGUUGGCUGGGGCGUGGAAAAUGGUACCAACUAUUGGAAAGUGGCCAACAGUUGGGGACCACAAUGGGGUGAGAAUGGCUUUUUCAAAAUCAGACGCGGCUACAACGAAGCCAACAUCGAAGGCUCUGUUAAUGCUGUUGUUGUUGUGGCCAAGUCUCCAUCGCCUUAA